GUCAGAAACCCAUUCAUCUAUCGUCGCUCAGUCAGUGUCAAUUAGAGAGAGAUGUCGUUAUCUCAUCUGUCUGUACACGGAGAUGGAGAGACAAUUGAGUGCGUCAGCCAUCCCAUCCCUCAUCUACACACACUACACACACGACGGCCAGCCAGCCAGCAAGCCAGCCAUCGGCCGUCAAAAACUCUCACCUCAUCCGAUCCGGCCGAUCGAUGUAUCACACGUGCAAUGCAAAACACAGGCAAAAGAUGCAUUGCGUGCCAUUUGGGAGCCAGUGUCGGUCUGUUGACACAAUGCCGACCCACUCACUGCCCCGUCACCCACCACACACUAAUGACUGACACCCGUCCCCUCCUUCCCCCUCUCUCCCCUUCCACCUGGCCCGCCAACAAUCGGAGAGCCCCAGUGCCGCACAGCGACCUGCCUGUGGCCUCGUCAUCCGUCAGCAGACAUCACAGUGGAUCGAUCACCCAUUCCCCAUCAUUGUCACUUCCACUCCUCUGCGGGCGAGAGGGCCACUCCAUCUCGUGGAUGGGGUGGAUCGCUCAUCGUACCCGCGAGCCGCGCGACCAUCGUGGACGGAUGGCGGCGCGGCCUACGAGGAUCAUGUGACGAGCAGGGGCGAUGAACCGGGCGGGCGGGGGAGGGCGUCUGCAUCACACCACACACAUGAGUGACUGAUAUGCAUAAGGAUUGGACGCAGCUUGGUUUGGACGUACCGUCAUCAGAGUGUGAUUCGUCAAAUGGCGUCUCGAGCACGGCUAGCAGCCGACGGACCUCUGAGAAGUCGCCUGCAUUCAAAAAAAACAUCAUCGACAGGCACCAUAGAGUAGACGUGCGGUGAGUGUGUGUGUCCGUGAAGUGCCGUGUGCUGCUGACCCUGCUCGGCCUUGUCGAUGGCCCGCUGAGCUACGUGGUUCCGUAGGACCACCUUGGGGUUGGCCGCGUCCAUGACCGCCACCCUCGCCGACUCGACCGACGACACAUUGUCAUCGCCUUCACCCGACACGUCAGCAGCCUGCAUGCCCAAAUAGACACAGACACACGUACACGCACAUUGAUCACAUCUGUGUCUGUGUGUUGUCUCUCCCACCAGUCUGUCGCAGUAUUUGCUCAUCCACUCGUGCCACAGCCGCCGGUCCUGCGCGUCCUUCUCUCCCUGUGUCCACUGCACACACACACACACACACACAGAGUUGGAUUGGGACGCACCCAACAUACCCAUGCCGACUGCGUACGUACCGAUUGCAUGUUGGUGUACAUCUGGUACUCAUCCCGCCACUUCUGGAGCUGCUCAGCCGACAGCCCCAGGGCCUCGAGCACCAUCGGCUGCGUCUCGGCCAGCUGCAUGAACAUCCCCAGCUGGUUCGGGCUGAUCGACGGCCUGACACCCAUGACAUGGAAUGGACAGACACCAGACACCAGACACCAGACACCACACCACACACACCAGAGAAAGCCGUAAGCAUCGCCGUGUGGUGCCCGGUGCAAUUGAUGACUUACUUGGACGCCUGUAUCAUGUCUUGGCAAGUAGCGAGGUUGGCGGAGAUGCAAUCGAGGGCUGCGGCGAACCGCUCGUCGCCAGCACGACUGAUGCACACCAAACGCAACGACCGGAACGUCACGGUGAAGUCGGCACCUAGACACACAGUCAGACAUACAGAUCCAUCCAUUCAUUCAUUCAGAUGGUCCUUUCUCGCCCUGUGUGUGUGUGCGGUGUGCUGUAUAGGUCUGGGUACCAGUGCGGUGCAUGGUGUCGAGCAGUGAGUCGAUGAGCUGCUUGUCGUCGUCCAGCUUCUUCCUAAUUAAUCCCAGCUUCUCGCGCAUCCUUACAGAGAGAGACAUCACACUCGUGCAUGCAGCAUGCCUGUGUGUGUGUUUUCAGGCUUUCCCAUGCCCUGCCUGACCCAGUCACCCACCUGUCUAUGUAUCGCUGCUUGAAUAUCCCGUCAUACUCAGCGAUGAUGGCCCGCGCGGCCGCCGGCUCCAGCAGCGGGCUCAGCGCCUCAGCCAACUUCUCGCAAUUCCACCUGUGUGUGUGUGUGUGUCGUGUGCAGGCAACGUCUCCGUGUGUCUUCAUCUUGCCCACGCCACGUACUUGCAGAUGUCCGGUUGGUUCUUGUAGGCGUAUCUUCCCUGGUCGUCGCUGGCGUUGCAGACGUAGUUGGGGUCGUAGCGCUCCAUGAAGCCGUAGGGGCCGUAGUCGAUGGUGUCGCCGAUGAUGCUCAUGUUGUCCGUGUUGAGCACCCCGUGGCACCACCCAACGCACUGCCACUCGGCCACCAACCUGACACACACAGACAGACAGACAGACACCCAUGUGUGUGCAGAUCAGAUGGGUAUGUGCGGAUGCUCACUUGGCGGUUCUAGUGACGAUCUUCUUAAAGAAGUCCUGGUACAGCUCCUCUUUGAGCGGCUGUCUGGCCGCGGCAUCCUCCCAUGCGGGCGGAGCGAUGGCAGCGGCCGAUGUGGCAUCUACGUCACACCACAUGGAUAGAUGGCAGACACAUGACCAACCACACAGCAUACAUAACAUAGCUCUGAAGGUGUCUGUCGUUGCAAUGCGUUCGCUGCCCACUGACCAGGGUAGUGUUUGGUGUACAGGUGGGGGUAGUAGGACCGGAUGACAAAGUUGACGAGGGCCGUCAGGAUGUCCACACGGCCUGUGCUGGGCCCCUUCCGGCCGGUCACCCUGUCAGUCGCCUUGAAUAUCUCAAACGAACCAAACCUGAUCAAUGGAUGGGCGUAUCCACGAAACGACGCAAGAGCUCUCACAAUGGCAGAUGUCUGUCUGUCUGUGUCUGCGCGCGUGUGUGUGAGUGCCUACCGGAUAAACGUCUUGGCCAUCCGCAGGAUGAUGGUGGCCCGCUCGUGGAUGGCAUUGCCAUUGUAGAAGAUGUCACGGACGACGCGACUGUUGGACUGACAGACACACUCAGACACACACACACAUUCCCUCGUGUCCGUCUGUGUGUAUGGCUGGCUGGCUGCUGUGGGCCGCCGCCGGACCGGACCUACCGUGACGCAUGUGCCGGCUCGUGUGGUGGGAAUGCCCAACGCAUUGAUGUGCUCAGAACACAGAAACUGGUCCAGCAAGAUACAGACAGACAGACACGUGGUUGAGUUGAGUUGUCUAGGCUAUCUCACGGUCUUUGUUGGCCACUGGGCUGACCCACCUCUCGUAUGGAUGAUCUGAGCACCUUCCGCCCGUCAGCAGACCGCGAAUAUGGCGUCUUGCCGGCACCUGCACACACACGUGUGUGAAUGUGAAUACGACGCCCCGGUGUCUGUCUGUCUGUCCAGGCGCACCCUUGAACUGAAUCUCCCACUUAUCGCCUUUGGCGUUGGUCACCUCCCCCAGGUACAUGGUCGCGCCGUCACCCAGCUGGCCAGAAAAGUGACCUAACACACACACAUGUGGAGCGAUAGAUCCGUUGACAUUGAGACGAUACACACCCACUGUGUGUAUGGGUACCGAAUUGGUGUCCGCAGUAGCAGUGUGCCGCGGGCUGGCUGCCCGGGAUGAUCAUGUUGCCGCUGAAAUACGAAGCAAAACCCUCACGAACGAUCUCACCUGGCCACACGGACGCACAAACGAACAAACAAACACGGCAUAUGCUGUAUGUCAAUGCCCCUCUUUUGGUGUAUUUCGGUUGACCUGGUCCGAGGUCGAUGAGGCCGAGCGCCUUGUCCGACGCACACACCAGCUGAGGGCGGUCACAUGGCGUGGGCGACACCCUGCACAAACACCAGACACACCUCGGACAGGGGUUUCCACCCUCGUCUCUUUCGCCACCGACCGGGAGAAGCAGGCGCCAUGAACCUGUCUGGUGUAGUUGUCGGGCUCCUCGUCUACCGGCAGGCACCGCAGGCAGCUGUUGUCGAACUGCAGCGAUGUCACCGACGCCGACGCCGACGAACUCAUCUUCCGUGCGAUGAGCGACACAGAGGGGAAGGUCCGCUGCACGAUGGGCAGAUGCGACGCACCACGGAGCAUCUACAUCUGGGAGGCGUCAGCUUUGCUGCUUUACA